CUAGAAAUCUUCUCAAAAUACAUUCUAUAAAAUCAAAUUAUUUUCUAGGUUUAGAAAAUCAAAUUUUUUUCUGAGUCAUUAAUCUAAUUAUUAUUCCACACAAUUUAGGAUUUAGAGAGGAGAAUAGCGAGCAGAUUAAUCCAUACAGUGAAUUAUGUGUAUUGCAAGUCUAAAAGAGAAUUUAGAAUACUAGUAUAAGGUGGGUAGAACAUUCAAUUAUAUGGUAAGACUUUAUGUUACACAAUCGAUCAAUAUUAAUAGUUUUUAAUUAAAUAAUUCGAACAUUGGUUUAGGCAGGCUCGGACCAAGAUUGUUGCAUGUAUCAAUCAAUGGAAAGGGUAAUGAUCACUAAGAGUAUGAAGACAUGUUUUGGAAUUGGUGGGGUUAUUCAUGGAGUAAUUGGUAUGAAUUGUAAAAGAGAGUUUAAUAAAGGGAGUAUAAGUUUGAGAUUUGGCAAUAAUGGGAAGAAACAAGGGAGUAUAAGAAAUAGGGAAUGUUUUUGUGUUGGGAGUAAAAGUAAUGAUAUUGAUGUAGGAGUUAAUGGAAUGGAUAAGAGUGAGGAUCACAAGACAAUGGCUACUCAAGAACUCGAUUAUUGGUUGUAUAAUUCUCUUACAGAGAUUGUGAAGAAUGUUGAUGAAGCACCUUUACUAGUGCAUAUCUACACAGAAAAUGGGCCCAAAGAUUCAAUCUUAUUCUCAAAAUCAUCAAAAACUAGGAUGAAAAUAGUAAUGGAGAAAGGGACAUCAACAAAGAAUUGGAAAAAGAUGAACCAAAGUUGGGAGAAAAGUAUCCCAAAUGGUCUUAUCUUGGUGCAAGAACUUGACUUUCAACAAGAUGUUACCACAAACCAACAUGAGUAUCAAGACAAAACUUGCUUCUUGGACUCUUACACAACUAACAAUAAUAAGAAAGAGCAAGUAGAGAUAUCUUCUUGUUCUUCUUCUCCUACAACAACUAGAUUUUGGGGUGUACUUGUACAAGGCAAAGGGGUUAAGUUUCUAUCUUCUUAUCUUCUUAAGACUUGUCAAGUUAAAUGUUGUUUUGGAUCUACCACCCACUUUUGUUUAGCUAAGGUUGAGUGCUUUGAAAACACUAAUCUUGAUUUCAAUUUUAAUAAUAUUUGGUUACAUAGGUAAAGGGAUUAGUGUUAUAAUUAACUUUUUGGAAAGUUGUUUAGUUGUUUCGUGUAAUUGAUUAUUUAUUGAAUAAACGUGGAUUAAAAAGUUAAACAUUAAUGAAAAAGCUACUUAGUUUAACUAAAA